CUGGAAGGGGGAUUAGAGAUAUUUGUUUACCCUGCUGUGGCUUGGUUUGAUUUGUUUUCAUUCAUUCGUUUUGCUGGGGUUGUUGGGGGUUAGUGGGAGGAGGGUUAUUUGGGGUUAGUUGGUGUGUCUAUGGAUCAAAUGUCACAAACUUCUUCCUCUUCUUCUUCCUCUUCCUCUUCCUCUUCCUCUUCCUCUUCCUCUUCCUCUUCCUCUUCCUCUUCCUCUUCCUCUUCCUCUUCCUCUUCCUCUUCUUCUUCUUCUUCCUCUUCUUCUUCUUCUUCUUCUUCUUCUUAAGACUCUAAUUAGUGCUGAUGAUAUAUAUAUAUACCCCAACCAACCAACCAACCAUCCAUCCAAUUUAAUUUCCAUCAUGACAAUCAACCAACCAACCAACCACUUGCCAUUCAUUCUCCAAUUCAGUCGUGAUUUUUGAGAUUGAAAAAAAAAAUUUAAAUUCAAAUCGCAGCAAGUGGGGUUGGGGGCCGGAC